CGGCAGAACACAGAUCCGUACUAACAAAACUCAACGGCCAACUUUUAAACUGGACGGGGAUUGCAGUCUCCCUCUGGUUCUCUCCUGAACCUUCUCCAGCUUUUGCUGGACAAUGUUGACAACUUUGUCCUGUCGCUCGAUGUCCAUUGCUACCUCCUCUUCAUUGAACUGCUCCUCAAAGGACCCAUCGACCUGUAAAAAAACAAAUUGGUUAUUUAAUUUGAUUACAGUUCAUAACUAACGUCAUUCAAUAAUUGUUCAAAACUGUUUUUUGAAGAACAAGAGAAUAUAAAUAAACAUUCCAACUAACCUCAUAGUUUUCCUGCACCUGAGAUGGAUACCUUGCUUCCCUCCCAAACAUCAGGAAAAAUGGAGAGAAGCGGAUUGUGAGCUGCCUUUUGGUGCACAAACCAAACAUGACAGCAUCCAGGUAUCCAUCCCAUAUGUUGGGUUUUUCUCUUGCGAGCUUCUCCAGAGCUCUAGACAGUUUAAAAAAGUUUAAUGUUACCCUUUUAUUUGAGUAUGUUAAAUGCUGUUUCUUCGAUUAAUAACAAGGUAAUUUUAUCAAUUGAUCUAGUUAUAAAAUACAUCUUUUAACCUCUGUAUAGUGCCAUUUAAUCUCUCCACCAACCCAUUCGUCUGGGGGUGGUAUGGGGAACAGAGACUCCUUAUCCCCAAAAUUUGGCACACUUUGAUCUGUAUGAAUGGUGCAGAGAACAAAUUAACCCCAUUGUAACAUUGAAUAAAUAAAACAUAAUAAUUUGAAAGGUCAAAUGUUUGCUAAAAUAGCGAUAAAAAUACAUACUUGGUUGACAAAUUCUCUUCCUUGGUCAGUGAGUAUUCUCUGUGGCACCUCGAAUUGAUAGACAAUUUCAGAAUGCACUUUGUGACCUCGGCGGCAGAUUUGGAUUUGAUGGCAUAGGCCUGUGGCUGUGACUAUCGUGUAAAGUAGUUUACCAUUACACAAAUGUACGGAUUUCCCUGAUCAGUUAUCACAAGUUUGCCAACCAGGUCCAUGCCUAUUAGUUCAAAAGGAACUUUGGUCUAUUUGAAAAGAAAGAAAGACAGAGAAAGAGGUAAUUGCUAUGUCAUUCACACAUGAAAUAUGAUGAAUGAAUGAAAUGUUUACCUUUAUUGGUUUAUACUCUGUGCCAAGCUUGAGGUCAUGUCGAUUUUGCCGACACACAGUGCAUUCUGAUACCUAAGAUAUUUUCAUGUGAUUUGCCGUUUCUUGUGAUGAAUAAAGUAGAAAAUUGUUAAAUAUGAAAGCAAAAACAAACCCAAUUAUCAAUGUCGUGGGCAUGCAAGGCCAGUAGAACCUUUGUGAAAUCCCUGUCCUGGUACGAAUUUGGCCGCAGUGUGCACCAAUGUUGCUGCAGUGAAAUUCUUUAAAUAAGGCAUCGGCUCAGCUGCCCCACAGACUACUUUCAACUUUUCCUCCUUGUCCGAGCCCCUGUGUCUGACAUAAAACAAUUCGCCGUCUAGAAGAGGAUGGCAAUUGUUGAGAACCCUUUAAGCCUGUUUUUUGUCAGUUUCAUUGGGAAAUUCUCCAUUGAUGAGAAUCUCCCUCAACUCCUCAAACAUUUGUUUCUCCAUAAUAUAGCCUAUAUUAUACAAAUGCGCUCUUGAAACUGCUGCUGAAAAAGUGUACGUUAACUUUCUGAUAACGGUUGUCAAUCUAUUUAUGUUACGGAAUUCAAAUUGGAACUAAUCAGACACAUCCGACGUCAUCGUUGUUUACAAAAUGAGGCAGGUAGGUUAAUUGACAGCAAUGCCUCUUUUUGGAUAACCCACCAGCUAUCAUGGAUUGUGACCCAUCGUGGAUUGCGACCUGCUGCUUGUGGACUCUUUGAUGAUCGCAGACAUGAAUAACUGUUUACUCAUACAGAUAUGAGGACGACAAAUGACCUGAAAACAUUUGGUUUGGGUUUGACUACUUUUCCCGCAUGUACAGUGGGGUCGCAGAAUUCGACAGUCCGAUGUGAUUGAUUGUGACCCAUCGUUGAUUGCGACCUGCGCUGCUUGUGGGCUCUGUGAUGAUUGCGGACAUGAAUAAUCUGGCAUUAGUUCAUAUUUAUUUCAUAAAUGGCAGUAAAAAAAUGAUAACGGUGGGCAUAAAAAUAAAAACGGUGGGCAUUAUAACAAAAACAUAAAUAAAUAAUUUAUUAAGCACACCGUAUGUGCUUGGCAUUCAUUGGCGUUUCACAGACCCAUAGUAUGGAUAGGGAGUUUACGGUCCAUCACCGUUGCUUCUUUCCCCAUAAGAUGCUACAGUCAGUAAGACGCUAUUAGACUUGCCAACCGUCCCGUAAAAAACGGAAUCGUCCCUUAUUUGGAAACUAAAAGACGUGUUCCGUAAUGAACUGAUACGGGACGCAGUUUGUCCCGUAUUUCGGGUCGUGGAUGAAUGAGAGUGAUUCUUCUCUUCUGUCACUCACUGUGCAGACUUGCCAACCAUCCCGUAAAAAACGGAAUCGGUUGUCAUGAGUACCGACCAAUGGCAGCAGAUUUGUGUGGUUGCUAGAAUACAUCCUUCACAGUGAUUGUCUCUGCUGCUGCCUGAAGCGAUCUCGCCCGACUUCAUUCAACUGAAAAAACCAACAAGAAUGGCUCCCCAUGCUGCAGCUACCUCGUCCUCGAGUGAAGACGACGACUGUCUACCUCCUCCUCCCGGCACGCCAAAACGAAAAAAACGAAAAAGAAAAGCAAAAUACAGAAAAGAGUGGGAAAGGGACUUUAAAUGGAUAGACAGUGUUCGAGAAGAUGAGUUCAAGGCGAACUGUACAGUAGGCAAACGUACAUUUUUGGUAAGCCACGGUGGUCUGACAGACGUAGAACAACAUGCUUCUGGUGAAGCACACAAGAAGAACAAGACCCAGACGAGAAGUCAGGGAGCUCUGACACAGUUCCUUGUCCGACAAGCAACUCCCGAGGCUAACAUGGUAUGUCAAAUAACUAAGCAUGUUUGUUGUAUGCUAGUAGUAGCCUAGACUAGUGGAUACUAGUGUGAGAACAGUCAGCACCUGCGUGAGCAGAAAAAGACUCACUAGUGUAUGUCUUUGUAAAAUGGAAAUGGUCUGAAAUGAGGUCAAGUAGAAGUAUAGGCUAUAUGAUUUGACUAUUUGACAUUUAAGGCUUAAUAAAGGGGAUAGCGACAUUUUAGGCCUGCACAGAUCCAAGUAAUGUAUACUUAACAUUUCAGACUAUUUUCCAAAUCAUACCUUUAUUCACACUUUGUGUUGUCAAUUCAUGCUGCUAAAUGUUCAAUAUAAUUAAGUAUAGGGAUGCACCGAUACCAGGCUUGUGUGUGUGAAAGUUGGCGACAUGUUAACGGUCACAUGUUAAAUCAUGUCGGCGAUUUGGGAACAUUUUAAGAUAAAGGAUGAUGACAGGAGUAAGGCAGAGUGUAAGAUCUGUAAUGCUACGGUGUCUAGAGGCGGAAAGGAAAGUACUUAUUUUAAUACCAGCAAUGUGAUAAAACAUCUGAAGACGCACCAUCCCAGCUAACACACGAUGUGGCAUCCCGCCCCUUAAACCUCGGCCCGGACGGGCCCGAGGGUUUGUGUUGGAUGGCAUAUACCACCGCCAUCCACUAACCGGCGACAAAGAGCCUCCCUUAGGGCUCGCUAAGGGACGAGAGUGCGAACAGCUGGCCGGGGGAAGGACGAAACCCGGAAGCCACGGCAUAAGGAGCCGGCAUGCGGAAAACAGGAGGAGAAGACGAUCGACAGCGACCUGGAGAGGACAGCCGAACCAGCGCACCAUUUAGAGGCUCACGGUGACCCUAAAGUCGUGUGCAUGAGUUAUUCUGCUUUGUGAAACAUUAAAUGCCGAGUGCGGCUUCAUCAGUACGAGACUAAGUGAUUUAUUCCGGGAAUCUGACCCACGGGGAAACGGGAUCCCACAACGACCAUACGGCAACGUUGCCUAUAAGUCGCCAUUUGGUCAUGGCAACAUUACCUCCUGGCAACGUUGUGGCAACAACGCCACGACGUUGCCUACAGGAAGUUGCCAUAAAGUAAACAAAUAACAUUGCCGCGACGUUGUGGCUUGGUCAUUUGCUUACGUUGCCGCUUGGUACUGUUAAAAACGUUGCAGCGACGUAGUGGUGUGGUCAUUUGCUUACGUUGCCGCUUGGUAAAGCAAGUAAUGUUGCGGCAACGUAGUGGUGUGGUAAUUUGCUAACGUUGCUACUUGGUAACGCAAGUAAUGUCGCGGUGACGUAGUGGUGUGGUCAUUUGCUAACGUUGCCACUUGGUAACGCAAGUAAUGUUCCGGCGACGUAGUGGUGUGGUCAUUUACUUACUGUGAUGUAAAACUUCAGAAUUACACAGGCUGUUUGUGUCCAGCGCAAAGGUUAGCUUCAAUCAGAAAAUGUCGCUACUUGUAUAGUUUAUUUACCACUUAGUGAUGACUCAAUUCCCACAGCAAAUAUUUGUGCUCAACUAGGAUUAAUGUUGACCAUCCAGAACUACAUAACAAUUCUCAUUGCCACAAACUCUGAUCCAGUUGUACAAUAUAAAUGAAAUAUAUUCAUAUACUGCAUUGAUGAAUCAUUUAUUUUAAAUGCAUAUACAGGGACCAAAUCAUGACAAAUGUUAACACAACAUUUUAAGUAAACUUCAUGCGUUUCACGGAUUCAAGUGAAAAAAAACACAUUGAAGGUAUAAAUUGGUCAACCAGGACAUAGCAUAAAGGGCAAGGCUUUGGAGAGGCUGAGGUGGAGAGUAUAGCUAAAACAGUGACUGCUAAUCAGAAUCCAUCCAAACUAAUGUUAUUGCUGUCCAGUGCAAUUUUAAGUUAAUUGUAUAAUAAUUCCACAGAACCAAUAUGUUGUAUGGAAUUGCAUGAGAAAAUAACCAUACAUUAUUACAAUUAUUGCAUUUAACAAAUUAUUCAAUCAAAAAGUCAUUAAGUGGUCCCAAUCCAACAUCAGUUCAUUACGGAGCCCCCCAAGGGACAUGGAGGAAAAAAAAAUAUAUAUCUGGUUUGCGAGAUCUCGCAAAAGGCUUUGCGAGAUAUCGCAAAAGACUUUGCGAGAUAUCGCAAACCAACUUCCGGGUCAGAAUUGAACUUCCGGGUCAGAGGAAAACCUCAACGAUGGAGUUCGGGAGAUUCAUCAAUGUUUAUUUUGAGCUUGGCCUCAAAUAUUCGGACAUCAAAUCCAUACUUGCCAGUAGGCACGCUUUCCAGAUAAGUGAGAGACAUCUCAAGAGGAUACUGCGAGAUAGGGGACACUCUCGCCGCAAGGCGUACUCUGACCUGUCGGUCCUGGUUGAUUUUAUUAGCCACCAACUGCAGUACUCCGGACAGCUUCACGGGUACCGAUGGAUGUACGCUAAAUGCAGGGAGCAUGGACUGCGUGUGAGGAAAGAGGAUGUGUGGUUGUUGUUAAAAGAGCUCGAUCCAAGAGGAGUGUCAAGAAGGCUAGCGAGACGUCUCAGACGACGAAACUACUUCUCUAAAGGGCCGAACUUCAUAUGGCACAUUGACUCUUAUGAUAAACUUAAGCCAUAUGGCAUUUGUAUCAAUGGAAGUAUUGAUGGCUUCUCAAGGAAAAUGAUUUGGCUCAAUGCUUACACAACAAGCAGUGACCCAAAGUUGAUCGGAGGGUAUUACAUAGAAGCAGUGCAGCGUUUGGGUGGCUGUCCCAGAGUUGUGCACGGCGAUUUUGGAACCGAAAAUGGCUACGUCAGAGGCUUUCAGCGUUUCCUCGUCCCCAUCCAGCCAGACUGCACCAUUGACAGUUACUUGGAGGGAGCCAGCACCGCCAAUCAAAGGAUUGAAUAUUGGUGGGGUUUUCUCCGUAGGGAGUGCGUGGAGUUCUGGUUAACUUUGUUUGCAGACCUCAGAGACAACGGUUUCUUUGAUGGUGGGUUUCUGGAUAAAGGUCUCCUUCAGUUUUGUUGCAUGGGACUCAUCCAGGUGAGUAAAUGAAUUAUAUACAUGUGUAUAUAUAUGUAGCUUAUGUGAGUGAGAUAUGAGGGGUAGGAUUAGAGGAAGAAGAGGAAAAGUAGAAAAGGGAGAGAUAAACAGAGGAGUUGACAGAGAGGGACAUGAAAGGAAGAGACAGGUUGGGGGGGAUGAGGGUGAAUGCUACAAUGUUGUGCUUGAUUUAAUUUGGUAGGCUAAUCGCACUAGUGCGACAGGUUGUUAAUGAACAGAUGCUGUCUUUGAGACACAGAGAGGAUGAUGCACGCCACUGCUUAGAGGGCUCAAAAUUAACAAUCACCAAACUGGGUAAAGUAGUCGUUGUUGAGUCCAGCCGCCACUUUUGCUGGACACAUCUUGUCCUUCAGCUGCAGAGAGCUGAGAGCAGUCAACAGUAGCCUAUAGACACAUUUUGAAAUAAGCCAUUGAAGAACUACUCCGAAAACAUUCACAACAACCUAUUUAAUUUAUCCUAAAUUGCAGAAAUAUGUUUACUAAUUAAUGAAAUAGGCAGUGUUCAAUGUAGAAAGUUUGGUUUUAAUUAAAAGGAAAUGUUCUAAAAAUGUUUAUCAUUAAUAUAAUAAUCAUACAUAAACAAUAUACAGUUAUAGACAUUCAUAUUAUGGUUCUAUGGGGGGGGAAACAAUUCUGAAUCAGCAAAAGUUGCUAUUGGCAGGUUAGACUCUUGUCCAAAUAAGUGCAGCCCUAUUAAUUUUUUCUACAAUUAUUACUGCACACAAGGAUAUAAUAUUGAUUGUGAAUCUCAAAUGUAUUGUUAUGCUACUGAAUUUUUGUGCUUGCUGGCACCAGUGCUACCACUUAAAAAAAAUCUGCGAACAGCCCUGGAUAUGCAUUUAUAGUUCUUCCUUAAUGUAUUUACUAUUUUUAUAUUCUUGCUUUUAACAGGAUGAGUUGGAUGACACGGCACAUGUUUGGAACACACACACUAUCAGGCCAUCGAAAAAUCCUAACGUCCCCAGCGGUCGGCCGAACGUGAUGUUUGCAGUACCUGAACUCUAUGGGACAAGAGACUUCCUUUCCCCAAUACAUAGUUUUCAGUCACGUGACUGACGCUGCCCCCUGGAGGGCAAAAAAACGGUUCCAAGAUGACGGCUAACACUGGAAACGCUGGAGAACAACAACGCAAACCUGUCAAUUUCCAAACGGUUUCAAGCCACGAAUAUUUAAAUCAUCUCUCCAAAGAACAAAAUACCAGGUAUAUGUUUAAACUGCAAGUUUUGGGCACUUGCGACCCAUACACUGCACCCGCCGCCGUAUUUCAGCCGUUAAAAACAGCCAAGUCCCUGCCAGACCUCCAAUUCGGAGAUGUUUACAUUUAUCUUGUGGAGAAUCCCUCCCCUUACACAGCCGUCAGGAUGAGAGCAUACAAAAGUACGGACAGUUAUAUGUAUUUUCAAUCUGGAUGGGUCAAUAAUGCUGCCGUUUGGGAGGUGAAGGACAAGACAUUUUUCAUUGUCAAAGCGAAGGUGAGUGUUAAUUAGCGUUAUCUAACUUUGAUCUGGGUUGUUAGUAUCAGUUCACUUUUUCAGUCAGCAUUCUAUGGCAGUAGUGACAAUGCAUGAAUAUUUUGGUUAGGUUGACACAGUCCCCAUAUAAAAACGUUCUCCCUCCCAAAUGUCAGGUAAACCAUUCCUACAGGUUAAAUGACUCCCAGUUGACAGCUUGGGUUGCUGUGGAGAAAGAGGGAUUGGUGCGAUUUGGCCACUGCACAUGUAUGGCCGGUUUAGGGGAAGUGUGUUCACAUGUAGGUGCCAUACUCUACGCUUUGCUAGCAGCUGUGAACAAACUGAGUGGCACUGCAUGCACUGAUAAAGCCUGUAGCUGGAACGAGCCUAGUAUGGCAGCCAUAAAGACAGUAGGGUAUGCAGAAGGGAGCCAGAUAGGUUUCACAAAGGCCUAGAGAAAGAGAUCUGCUGAUGGUUGUGAUGACCUCCCCCCGGUCAAGAUUCCACCUCCAACCCAAGAUGAAUGCACAGCACUCUACAGUAUGCUACAUUCAUCAGAAAGCACUGAAAAGCAACCGGUCAGAAGUUCAAUUUUGUCUGUUAUCCCUGGCCAUGCAAAGAGGUAUAUACCUCGAGCAGUGCAACUGAACAUCCCAGCACCCUUAAGCCAGAUGUACAAGCCCCAGCACAGGUCACUGUCACACCAAGAACUGCAGGCAAAGAGUGAGGAAGUGUUCACAGGGUUAAGCAUAACAGAAGAACAGGUACAAUUUUACAUCAGUCAGUAAAUGUGAUUGAAGAUAUGGAUGUCAGGAAUGUCUAAGGCAGUAACUAUGAUAGCUCAAGUGCAGAAAACGUUCUCCUCAGAAUUCAAUAGUCACUUUUUUUUUAAAUAUUUUUUGUCAAUAAAAGUUAAUACAUCACUGUUUAGAUGUCACAUAUCACUAACUUGCUACUCUACCUUGCUACCUUUUUCAAGUGCCGUGUCAUAGAAAUUGAGACAAGACCACAGGCAAAAUGUGCCAUGUGGUUUGACCAGAAGGCAGGAAGGGUGACUGCGUCAAACAUCCGAGCAGCCUGCCACACGGACCCAGACAAACCAGCUGUUUCCCUGCUGAAGAAACUGUGCUAUCCAGUGGCCUACAAGGACCCAAACAACAACACACCACACUCUCUCAGAUGGGGCACUGAACACGAGGGAACAGCAGUUGAGGAGUACACCAAAACAAUGGAGAGCCACCACACCAACCUCACUGUCAGGAAGGGAGGCCUGGUCAUCAACCCUCAAUAUCCAUGGUUAGGGGCAUCCCCAGACGGCAUAUUAACAUGUGACUGCCAUGAAAUGGGUGUGUUGGAAGUAUUGGCACCCAGCAGUCUUGAUAAUAGCACAUUGGGGGAGAAAAGUAAACAGGACAGCACGUUCUGUCUCAAAGAGGUUGGCGGUAAACUUUUCUUAAAGAGGGACCAUCAAUACUUCUAUGAGGUGCAGACACAAAUUCAUCUGACACAAGCAAGCUACUGUGACUUUGCUGUCUGGGGACCGGGGAAAGGAGGGAAUGGGGAAAUGCACAUUGAGAGGAUUCUGCCCGAUACUGACUUUUUUGAGUCCAUGUGUGAAAAGGUUAGCAAAUUUGUGCAGAAAUGUGUCAUCCCAGAGCUUGUAGCAAAGGUGUUCACAGCUCCUAUUCUAACAUCACAUGACAAAAAAACAUCUGAAGGCAAGGGCUGUUACUGUGGGGUCCCUGUACUGCACAAUGAAGACAGACUUGAGUGUAAGUCAGGAAUCUGUAAAAGACAACUCAUUCAUAGAAGUUGCUUAAAGUUUGACACCACACAUUUAAAAAUAUCAAGUUGGAAAUGCAGUGACUGUAUACGUGAAAUAGCUAAAGAGAAGAGGGAUAACAAAAAACAGAACAAUCUGAACAAAGUGUAAGUGUUUUAUUCAACAUAGGUGUGUAUAGAAAAUAUUUAGAUAGAUGUAUAUAGACAGAUAGAUAUAUAGUACAGUUUUGUAUAUAGAUGUAUAUAAUUACAUAUAUACAUACACACAGUACAGUUUUGUAUAUAGAUGUAUAUAGUUACAUAUAUACAUACG